AUGUCUACCUGCAACGCUCUAACGACAGCGGUUUCAAAUGUUGGAUUUUCUAAUGACCAAUUCCUCCACAAUAAUUCGUUAUCCCAAAUCACCUGUUAUACUAGCUGUCUUACUCAGUCCGAAUUGAGUCUCUUAACUGCCCCACCCUACGUUCUUACUCUUUCUGUUGACACUCUUUUAAAUCCCAUUCCGAAACAACGACGAACUCGUUUCAAGCAAGAUCUUCCGCCACGUCCUCAAAAUUCAUGGGUUCUCUUUCGCAAAGAUUUCGAAUGUCAAUUGCGCGCUCAACAUCCCGAUGUAAUGUACACUCUUCAUGAGAUCUCUGCAAUUGCCGGCGUACAAUGGAAAAACCAACCGACCGCUGUCAAGCAGUAUUUUCGCGUGCUCUCUAAAUUGGCUCUACAUCGACAUAAUAUUAUGUAUCCUGAUUAUACUUACCGGCCAAGAAAAUCCAAGCGGGCCAGACGUCCUAGAAGAUCUAAAGCAUUGUUCAAAAAUUUAAACCAAGAUACGUUUAUGGAUCAUAGUAGUAGCAGCAGUAACGACAAUGAACCGGACGUUGAACAGUAUACCGAUUUACAGUUGGAGACCAACGAAGGCUUGUAUAUCAGGGACAUUAGCGGCGACUUUUAUAUAAAUGAUAAUGUACCCACAGACACAUGGUUCGAGAACGAUGCAGGACUAUAUUGUACAUAUUUUAUCCAACAAAAUAUAUCAAUCGAUUUUCAUCCAUAUUAUUCCAUAUAA